CUUGCUGCAUCUUUUUUUAUGUUUUUUCAUAUUUUUAGAGGCUUCACUUUUCUUUAGAAACCUGACAGAAGAAUCAAAAUGUCAAACGACCACCAACAGGGCGAACCUGCCCCCCGCAGACGCUUGGUGCCCUGCAUCAUCAUCUUUGUGCUCGGUGUGGGAUCUCUGCUGCCAUGGAACUUCUUCAUCAUCGCGUCUCAGUAUUUCCAACGGCGCCUGGCAGCAGAACCAAGCACCACGUCGGGGGGCGGAGGCUACAGCUAUGAGCUCUGGAUGCCCCUGGCUGCCAAUCUGCCCCUGGUGGUCUCCAGCCUGCUCAACUGCCUCUGCACCAGCGGUUGUGGGCGUGGCCUUCCAGCGGCUCUGCGCAGGUGUUGUGGGCGUGGCCUUCCAGCGGCUCCGUGUGGGAGUUGUGAUCUUAAACACAGCCCGCUCGUGGUCUUCACCAUGGUCUUGAUCAUCGGGUUAUUUGCUGCCACGGCCGUCCUGGUGGAUGUCGACAUGGAGCCGCGCAUCUUCUUCUACGUCACCAUGGCGACCAUCGUGGUCAUCAACAGUGGGUGCAUGCACACGAGCACACACACACACACACACACACACACGCACACACACACACACACACGGUGGUCGAUAUCCCAUGAAACCCCUCUGAUGUUUCAAGUUCCUUGAUAUGUGUGUGUGUGUGUCAGGAAUCAGGAAUCAGGAAACAUUUAUUGCCAAAAUAUG